AUGAUGUUUUUCCUGACAACUUUGAAGAUUGCUUAUGUUCUGGAUCCUUCACUUCCUGAAAUUCCAGCGCCUAAAGAUGAUGAUUCUGAUGAAGUCAAGGCACAACACAAGAAACGCGAAGAGGACGAGUUGCUGUGCAAAGGACACAUCAUGAAUACUCUUUCUGACCGCUUGCAUGAUCUGUAUACUGCAGUCAAGUUGCUAAAGGAAAUCUGGAAUGCGCUGGAGUACAAGUAUAAUACGAUGAAACAAGGUGCGGACAAAUUUUUUAUUAUGCAAUAUUUUGAUUUUCAUAUCACUGAGAAUUCUUCUCUUAUGGAUCGGAUUCAUGAUCUCCAAGUGAUUGUGUCUAAGUUACAUGAUCUAAAAGUGGAGGUAUCCGAAUCUUUGCAAGUUGGAGCAGUAAUAGCCAAACUUCCAACCAGUUGGAUUGACUAUAAGAAAAAGUUGCUCCAUACUAAUGAAACAUUCACUAUAGAUCAGAUUUUAAAACAUUUGUGUAUUGAAGAAGAUACCAGAAAUCUUCAAAAGAAGCAAAUAGAAUCUGAUAUUAAAGUGAAUGCUUUAAGUGAGAAGAAUUCACAGAAUUUUUCUGGUUCCAAAAGAAAGUCUCCAGAAGCAAGUACAUCUAAGGACAAGAAGAAGAAUAGAGUCUGCUAUAAGUGA